AUGUCGCAUCCUCGUCUUGUCUCUUGUGGAGUCGAAACGUGGAAGACGAUGGAAUUCUGGAUAUUCCUCCUCCUUACUUGUAUAUUUUUAUCCUUGAUCCCCUGGACGCGGGGGCAGGAGGCGUACCCAUGCCCCCCGAGCGAGGAUAUUUCCCCCUGCACCUGCGAGUACGACGCUCCCUCUUUCAUUUCCGUCGACUGUACCUUUGCGAACACGAGUCAAAUCAUCUCCGCCUUCAAUGGGGUCGCUUGGUUCCCGAACCUCACGAACUUCUACGUGUGGUAUAACGACUUGGUGACAGAGCUCCCAGAAGGAGUCUUCGGAGCCGUCUCCUUCGAGAGAAUACAACUGAACGGCGUCCGAAACCUGGAUUCCGUCCACCCGUCGGUCAUACUCGAAUCGAAAGACAGACUCCAACAGCUUCUCAUCUGCGAUUGCCUCCUGGAUCACUUCCAAUGGGACAUCCUCUCCCAGUUGACGGAGCUCAAGUUUUUCGGUCUGUGCGGCUCCGACGUGACGGACCUGCCAGUCUUCGACAGUCUAAUCCUCGAGGGUCUCCACCUUCCGAGCAAUCGCAUUUCCACGUUCGAAGCUGGAUGGUCCACCCCCAACAUCAAGUAUCUGGACAUGGAUGGAAACCCCAUCUCCAUGUUCCCCACCGGCCUUUUGGACGGCUUCGAGAAGUUGGAGCAAUUCUCGUGCGACGACUGCGACCUGGGACCGACUCUUCACUCGGGGUCAUUCCAGUUCCGCAGCGAGGCCUUGCAAACUCUCAGCCUCACGUCCAAUGGCAUCACGACCGUGGAGCCUGGAGCCAUCACAGGCUUCACAGCCGACACAUGGGUCGGUCUAUUGAAUAACGAGAUCCGGGAACUGACCGAAGAGUCAUUCCGCCCGAUGCUGGAGGUCGCCUCGCUUGGGACAGGAGUCAUCCAACUCGUCGGUCAGUUUCCUGCUUUUAAGGGAAGGUGCAUAACGCAAUCUACUAUGAAAUCGCAGUUGUAA